AUGGCGCGCCUCAGUGGCCUACCAUCUGAGCACCACCACGAGGGUCCCGGUGACGCUCCUCGACGCAAGCGCGGCCGCCCGUCCAAGAACCAGACACCCACCGACGACAUGACGUCUGCCAUAAAGCGAACCGCGUCGCCCUCGGCAGAGCUCUCGCAAACGAAGCGCAGCAAGCGCGUCCAGGCCGACGACGACGAGGACCAGAUCGCCGAAGAGAUCCAGCAGUCCUUCUCGCGGUCGCAGCAGGGAGACAACAUCAAUGUCGAGCAGAGCAGCACCACCACGCGCCGCUAUAACCGCCGACACUCGGAGCCUCCUGUCGCCGUCGACGAGGACGAGGACGAGCUCAUGUUCAACCGCCCUGCCUCUACACAACCCCUCCCUGGCCUGACUCCCCAUCUCGACCGCGUCGGUGCCUCCCGCAGCCGCUUCACCAACACCCGCCGCUCCCGCAUGUCUAUGCCAGCUCAGCUUCACAUCGAACGCGUCGACGAGGUCGACGAGACCAACGGCAACCGCGUCCAGUUCGCGCCCCUCACACAAGUCCUCGAUGGCCGCGCCCGUCGCCGCCUCCGCCGCAGCCACUUGAGCCAAGAAGUAAAUGACUUUGAGGACCACCAGAAGAAGGACAAGAAGAUGUUCUUGGAGCUACGUCGCCAGCUGAAGGCGCAGGACGACAAGAUCAAGGACCUCGAGUACCGUCUGGAGGCCCGCCGACUUGGCGAGAUCGACCUCGAAGACGCAGAUGCCAACGAUCUGCAAGUGGAGCUAGACGAGGCCCGCCAGCAGAUCGACGAGCUGCGCGCGUCUUCGUUAUACAACGGCGACGACAACGAGCCAGUUGAGCUGUCCGACGACGAGGAUGGUCUGGUCAUGGUCAACCCCGAGGAGCUGAACAUGUCGCAAGAUCUCGACAUGGUGACAACCCCCACCGGCGAGUACUCCUCCCGCGCGCUGGAGAUCUCUAGCCAGAUGACACUCGAGUCUCUGCCGACCGUAUCACAGCUCAACCGCGACAGCCUGACUGAAGGCGAGGAGAUCAUCCUGGACAAGAUUGAAGACGAAGCUAUCGAGCGCUACGAGCGGGAGCUGAAGCAGAUGAGCAAGGCCCUGGGCGAAUCUCAAGGUGCGCUGCGCCUAAUUACCAUCGAGCUGCAGAACCUCCGCUUCAUCGAGGCUGGUGCUUCCUCUCGCGAAAUCCUCACCGAAUUGCGCCAUGGAUUCGAGGACCUUCGCGCCGAAAUCGAGAAGUUCUUCCCCGGUACCACUGUUGGCCUUACCAACCAACAGCUUCUUCAGAAGGUCCCAGAGCUCUUCAGUGGCAUCUUCUACGAGCUCAAGCAGAAGCUCACUCUUAUCAACAGCUCCCAGAAGACCGAAGUGCUUCUCCGACGACAGUACGAGGGUGUUCUGGACUUGCUUGGCGACUCAGAGGAGCGCGUGAAGCAGCUUGAAUCCGAAGUAUUCACUCUCGACAAGGCGAACGAAGACAAGGCGCGCGUCAUCCUUGAUCUCGAGGAGCGCAACGCUGCCUUGACCACACUGUCGGCCGAACAAGAGCGCCAGCUUGCCGAGCAAGAUGGUCACAUCGCUGGCCUGCAAGACGAGAACGAAGAGAAGGACAACUCCUUGGCACAACUACGUGAAGAUCUCGAGAAGUACCGCGUCGACCUUGACACCGUUACCGUCACCGCAGCGGAGUUCGAGACAACCCACCACGAGACGAUCGCUCGCAUGGAACAGGAAUACACCGAGCGCAUCCAAGCUCUGGAGACUGAUCUCGGCAUCGAGCAGGAGGGCCGCGAUGCCGCAGAGGCUGACGUCGCACAAAAGAAUACCUACAUCGAGGAGUUGGAGGAUAGCAUCACACGCAUGGAGACCGAUGUUGAUAACAUCACCACCGACAUGGCUACACUGAGGGAGCGUCUAGCUGCCCAGACUGCCGCCCGCGAGUCUGCCGAAGGCGAGCGUGAUGAGCAAAUCGAGCAGGUGUACCAGCACGCCAACACCAUCGAGAACCUGAACGAGACCAUCACUGAGCUCAGGGAGCAGCUUGCCGAUACCCGCGAGAACCUGGCUUCCGAGCGGGCUCAGCGCGAGAAGACUGAAGCUGAUCUCGACGAGGCGAAUGACAAGAUCGAAGAUCUCAACACCCGUCUUCACGACACUGGUCUCCAGGCUAACGAGCUGCGACUCAAGCUGUUCCAACUCCAGCAGGAGAAGGAGAACGCCAUUGCUGACCUUUCAGAAGAGGCCGAUGAGCGCGAGCAGGAUCUCAACGAGCAGCUUGCUGCUGAGUCCCAACUCCGUCAGACAAAGGAGAACACCAUCACCCAGCUGGAACAGCAGAUCAUUGGUCUCGAGAGCGAUCUUGCGACACUGGAGAACAAUCUGGCCGACAUGACAGACGCCCGCGACCAGCUCGAGCAAGAUCGUGACGUUCAAGUUGCCGACCUCGCUACUCAGCUGAACGACCUGAAGAACAAGUACGUCGCGCUGGAGAACUCCACCAACUCCACCAUCACGUCGCUCCAGGCCAACAUCACGGACCUCAACAACCAGAUCCAGCGACAGCAAGCCGAGAUCAACGAUCUCUUCGACCAGGUCACUGAGAAGGAGCGCAUCUACCUGGAGGACACAACCGCUCUCAAGGGCAAGAUCGACAGCCUUGAGGAUGAGCUUGCUCUCCAGAAGGGCGAGAACGAGGGUUACCGCAAGGAGAACCUUUCCCUUUCAAGACGUGUUGAGGCCGAGGCUAAUGAGCUAUUGAACAUCGUCGGCGCUCACGCCACUGAAGUCGACUCCCUCAACACUGUCAUCAAGACACAAGAAGCCACCAUCAGGAGCCUCCAAGACGCGUCUGCGAAGCGCAGCACAGAGUACGAGGAGAUGAUUGAGGAGCGCACAACCGAGCUCACAGAGAUGCGUCUUCUUGGUGAUGCUCGUCUUGAGACCAUCGUUCUCCUCGAAGCUCAGAUCGAAGAGAUGAAGGAGCGCUUCCGCCUCGCCGAGGAGGACACCCGUGCUACAAUCGACGCCCUCACAAUCUCGCAACGUCAACUUCAGGAGCAGAACGAGCGUCUUGCUGACGACCUGAAGCGCCGCAACCAGGACGCUCUCCAGGCCAUCCAGGAGAUGAAGCUUAAGCGCAUUGAAGUCAAGACUCAAGGCGUUGAUCUUCACCGUGUCGCCACUGGCAAGGUGUCCAAGGUCAGCGAAAAGGUCAAGAUCGGAAAGAAGGGCAAGAAGAAGACGACCAAGCGCCAGUGGGAUUCCGGCUUCGGCGUUGAUGAGAACGUUGAGGAUGACGAGCUCAACGGAGAGGAGCCGCUUGCUGCAUAG